AAUGCCUUGUUCCAGCGAAAUGAGAUUUUGUUUGAUUUGUAAGCGCAAAGUAUCAACAAAUGGGUUAAUUAAUCAUAUAGCUCAACAUUUGGAUUAUAAACGGCACAAAUGUACUAAAUGCUCUUUUAGAAGUGUUUCGGUUGAGGAUAUGGUAGAUCAUCAAAACCGGACGAGCCAUAUUGUUGAAUUCGAUUCACUCAAAAAUUGGUACCUUGAACGAGUUUGUCAGUUAAUCUACAGCGAUUUUGAUUACGUCGAGAAACACGGUGUUGAAGCUAUUCGUCGUAUGGGUUCGGCUUUUGGUGAUCGAAAACGUUUGGAAGAUUUGUUGAAAGCAGAAGAGGUCAAAUCUGAACAUGAACUUCAAAUUAUUGAAGCGGAUGAUGAGGUUGAAUCUGUGGAAGAUGACCCACCGCCUCCCCAACAAAAUAAGCAAACAACUCCUCGUCCAACACCUCCAAUAGAUCCGCAAGCAGGAAUUGAUUUAUUAGACCAUUGGACACGUUCAAUAGAAAAAAUGGCAAAAUCUCCAGACAUUUUGAAAAAUUUGAGCAAUUCAAAUAAUUCAAUUGUGUCAACUUCUAUCAAUUCCAAUGUCAAUAAGAACAAUUUAAACAAAUCUGGAAGGUGUUCUUUUAAAGAAUCUGCACAGACAAUUCCUAUUGUUUAUGGAGCUGGGACUCCUGCUACAGAAAAUUUGAGUUUGGAACAAAAAACGGUUUUUAAUUUAUUUUUAAUUGAGGGGGUGUUUUUCUGGGAGAUUUUAUUUGAGGAAAUAAAGGCAAAAAAAGAAGGGAAGAGGUUUAUUUUAAUUUUUUCCUGA